AUGAAACCACAUAGUAAUAAAUUAAGUAUAUUGAAAAGUGGAAUCAUUGUAAGGAAAGUAAAUUUCCCCAUUAUACCGAAUAUUGAAAUAUUGGAUUUAGAUAUAACUACAGCUCAACCAAGUAGUAGGUCUUUAUUAAAAGGAAUUUGUAAAAUUUCUUGUAAAGAUGCUACUUUACAAAUACAAACUGUAAUUGAAUCAAAUUUAUUAUUAUUAAAUUUACAAGAUUCUCCAUUAUUCACCACUCCAAACAUGAUUAAUAAUAAUUCUUUCCAAAUUCCAAUAACAAUGACGUUUACGAAAAUUAAUUUGGAAGCCAUUGUUAAUCUAUUUAUGAAAAAUCAUGGCGUUAGUAUAUCAUUCAAUGACGUUACUUUAAAUUUCAAUUUUGAUUGUUCCAUUAAAAUAUUACAAUCAACCAUUGAAAAAAGAUUGAAAGAUUCAAUGAGAUUAGUAUUUGAAGAAAUUUUACCAACAGUUAUAUUUAAUAUGUCUCAAAAUUGGUUUUCCACCUCAUCAAUACAACAACAAUACCAGCAUCAGCAGCAACUGCAGCAACAGCAACAGCAACAGCAGCAAUCCGUGGAAACUGUUUCAUCAUUACCCACAUCUAUUAAACCAAAAAUUAUAUUCGAUGAAUCUGAUUUACAAGAUUUUUCUCCUACAAAUAUGUUAAGAUUAUCAACAAUAGUAUCAUCGAGACAUACAUUAGCUCUACCCUUUUUGAAAUUAAAUUCUUUAUCUACUAUUCAUGGUUGUCUUGAAAGACAAAAUCUUUUCAAAUUCAUUUCCAGAAUGCCAUCUUUAAAUAAUUAUACUUCAGCACAACUCACAGAUAUGAAAUUACCACAUUUUGACGAUGAUAAUAAUAAAACUAGGAGAAGAAUAAGUAAUAUUGAUCGUCCUCAAUUAAAUUUAUUAUCUAAAGAUACAUUAGAUAAUCAUUUAUAUGAAUUAACAACAAUUACAGAGAUUCAAAAUCAUCUUUUUGAAAGAAGUACAUCAGAUCAAACUGUACCUCGUAGAAGGAAAAUUAAAUUAAAUAGAAAAACACGUAAAGAUAGACAAGAAGUAAAAGAUGAAAAACCAUCAAUACAUGAUGAUAACAAUAUCGUCGAUUCAUUAAGAAACACCGAUAAUAAUAGUAUAAUCAUACCGAGACCAUUAUCACCAGUGGAUAGUAUGAUAUUCAAUAGAAAUAUUAUGACACCAAUAUCUACUCAUACAAUAAUUAAAGAACAAGAACGAGAACAAGAGCAGGAACCAAUACAUAUAAUAGAUGAUAUCACUACUUCCACCACUAAUACGACGAUACCAGAAAUUAAAACAUUUUCUAAAAAAUCUUCAAAUGGUUCAUUCUAUAAUGAAACAAGAUAUUUCAAAUUAUCUGAAAAAGCAUUAAAUUUUUUACAACCAAGUACAAGUAGCAAAGAUGAUAAUCAUAAUAAUAACAUUACUAUGACAAACAAAAACGAUACCAUUUCAACAACUUGUACAAACACGGAUACGAAUACGAAUACGAAUACGAAUAAGAUACCAUAUAUAUAUACCAACAAUAACAACAUUCAAGAUCUUGAUACAAAUAAGAAAAGAUUGAAUUUUAUUGGGACGGGGAUUACUCCAAUCUGGAAAUGGGGUAUCCAUGAAGAUCAACCACCUCCAUAUUCAUAA